AUGGCAGACACUGGCGACGGGCGGCGUAAAGGGACAGCCAAGGUCCGCACCCUUCAAGACAUUGAGAAGAAGAUCCAGGAACGAUGGGAUCAAGAGAAGAUUUUUGAGGAGGAUGCACCCGCUGGGGUCAAAGGUCCUGGGAAGAAUAAGUACAUGGUGUGUUUCCCCUAUCCCUACAUGAAUGGAAGACUCCAUCUUGGCCACACAUUCUCUCUGUCAAAGUGUGAGUUUGCCGUUGGCUACCAGCGUCUGAAGGGCAAGCAAUGCCUGUACCCAUUCGCCUUUCACUGCACUGGCAUGCCAAUCAAGGCCUGUUCAGAUAAACUGAAGCGGGAGAUGGAGGAGUUCGGCUGCCCACCAAGUUUCCCACAGGAGAUGGAGGGUGAGGAUCAGAUUGAUAAGGAAGGGAGUGAUGCGAUCGGCAAGGACAAGGCUAAAGGCAAGAAGAGCAAACUAAUAGCCAAGACUGGCAAGGCUAAAUACCAGUGGGAGAUCAUGCAGUCCCUGGGUAUUUCUGAGGAGGACAUCCCCCUGUUUGCUGACACACAACACUGGCUGGAGUACUUCCCACCAUUGGCUAAGCAGGACCUGAAGGGGAUGGGACUCAAGACGGACUGGAGGCGAAGCUUCAUCACCACCGACGCAAACCCUUACUACGAUUCCUUUGUCCGCUGGCACAUGCUGACCCUCAAGAAGUCAGGCAAGGUGAAGUUUGGCAAGAGGAACACCAUAUACUCACCCAAGGAUGGCCAGCCGUGUAUGGACCACGACCGUCAGUCUGGGGAGGGGGUAGGGCCCCAGGAGUACACCCUCAUCAAAAUGAAGGCUUUGAAGCCUUACCCUGAACGCCUCAAGAAAUUUUCCAAGAAGAGCGUGUAUUUGGUGGCAGCCACCCUGAGACCAGAGACCAUGUACGGUCAGACUAACUGCUGGCUGCGGCCUGACAUGAACUACGUGGCCUAUGAGACCAAACAGGGAGAGGUGUUUAUCAGCACUCACAGGGCAGCGCGGAAUAUGUCCUACCAGGGCUUGCUGAAGGAAGAAGGAAAAGUGACUGUGAUAGCGCAGCUGGUGGGCCAGGAUAUCAUGGGCAUGGCCUUGAGUGCACCUUUAACCUCCUACAAGACUAUCUAUACCCUGCCUAUGCUGACCAUCAAGGAGAAUAAAGGGACAGGCGUGGUCACCAGCGUGCCGUCUGAUUCGCCUGAUGAUUACGCUGCCCUCAAAGACCUCAAAAACAAGAAGGAAUUCCGUGCCAAGUAUGGCCUGAAGGAUGAGAUGGUGUUGCCCUUUGACCCCGUGCCUAUCAUUGACGUGCCUGGCAUGGGUAACCUAGCGGCAGUCACGGCCUACGACGAGCUGAAGAUCAAGAGUCAGAAUGAUAAGGAGAAGCUGGCCGAAGCCAAGGAGAAAGUCUACCUCAAAGGUUUCUACGAGGGGAUCAUGAUUGUUGCCGAUGUCAAAGGUCAGAAGGUCCAGGAUGUCAAGAAGAUCGUCCAGAAGAAGAUGCUGGGUUCCCGUGAGGCGUUGGUCUAUCUGGAGCCUGAGAAGCAGAUCAUAUCGCGCUCUGGUGACGAGUGCGUGGUGGCACUAUGUGAUCAGUGGUAUCUAGACUAUGGGGAAGAGAAAUGGAAGGCGAAAACCUUAGCUGCCAUGGAGAAAAUGGAGCUAUAUUCGGAAGACACAAGACGGAACUUCCUUGCCACAUUUGACUGGCUGCAUGAACACGCCUGCUCCAGAUCAUAUGGCCUUGGAACCAAGAUGCCGUGGGAUGAGCAGUAUCUGAUCGAAUCCCUGUCUGACUCCACUGUCUACAUGGCCUACUAUACCGUAGCGCAUCUACUACAGGGUGGCGUGUUUGAUGGGUCUGGAACCAGUCCACUGGGAAUCAAGCCAGAUCAGCUGACCCCUGAAGUCUGGGACCACAUCUUCUACUCCAAGGCCCCGUACCCUAAAUCCAGCAAGAUCCCCAAGGCCACCCUGGCCAAGCUGAAGCAUGAGUUCCAAUACUGGUACGGCGUCAACCUGCGGGUCUCCGGCAAAGAUCUGGUACCCAACCACCUGACCUACUUCCUGUAUAACCACUGUGCUGUCUGGCCCAACGAGCCAGAGCGCUGGCCAGCCGCUGUCAGAACCAACGGCCACCUCCUGCUGAACAAUGAGAAGAUGUCCAAGUCCACAGGCAACUUCUUAACGCUCUCUGGUGCUCUGGAGAAGUACUCCGCAGAUGGUAUGCGCCUGGCUCUUGCCGAUGCCGGUGACCAAGCCGUAGAGGAUGCUAACUUCAUUGAAAGCCUGGCCGACGCUGGUAUCCUGCGCCUCUACACCUUCCUGGAAUGGACCAGAGAGAUGCUAGCUGAGGAGAGCGCCCUCCGGAGGGGAACCACGGACAGCUUCCACGACCGGGUGUUCAUCAGUGAGAUGCAUUAUGGGAUACAAGAGACGGAGAAGGCCUAUGAGAGGAUGAUGUUCAAGGAAGCUCUGAGAACAGGAUUCUUUGAGUUUCAGGCAGCGAGGGACCGGUACCGUGAGCGGGCUACCGACGGGAUGCACCAUGACCUAGUCAUGCGAUUCAUUGAAUGCCAAACUCUUCUGCUAGCGCCUAUCUGCCCACAUCUCUGCGAUCACAUAUGGGGGCUGCUUGGCAACAAAGAGUCCAUCAUGAAGGCUCGGUGGCCAGUAGCUGGUGAAGUAGACAGUAAACUACUGAGGUCAUCUGACUACCUGAUGGACUCGGCCCAUGACUUCCGCCUGCGACUCAAGAAUGUCAUGUUGCCUCCCAAGGGAAAGAAAGGUGUUCCCCCACCGCCUAAGCCAACCCAUGGUACCCUGUACGUGGCCAAGACCUACCCUCCAUGGCAGAACGCUGUCUUGACAACUCUCAAGAAACUCUACGAUAGUAAUGCCAGCGGCUUUCCUGAAAACAAAGAGAUACUGGGUCAGCUUAAAACCAUCGAUCUGCUCAAGAAAUACAUGAAGAAGGUCAUGCCAUUCGUGCAGCAUGUCAAGGAGAAUGUUGCCAAGUCAGGUCCUAGAGCCAUGGAUCUCACCAUGGAGUUUGAUGAGAAGGAAGUCCUGGAGACUAACAUUGCAUAUCUGACAAGUACCUUGGAGCUGGAAGGCUUAGAUGUCAAGUUUAGCUCAGAAGCCACCGAUAAGAUACAAGAGGAAUGCUGUCCUGGAAAGCCGUUCUCCCUCUUCCGAACUGAGCCGAGUGUGAUUGUGAAGGCGGUGAACCCUCAGCCACACAGCGGACAUUUCACCCUGAAUGUUCCCAUCAUGCAAGGGGACACCGUUGCCAAGGUAGCCAACCGCAUCCUCAAACAGGACCGAGGAAUCAAAGAUGCGAACAGAGUCCAGAUUCUGCGAUACGACGAUCCUGAGCUAGGGCCGCGUAAGCUACCGAAAUUCCAGCAGCCACUGGAAGGCCGAACGAGGAUACCCAGCCAAGCAACAUUCAGUAUCACCAUGGAAACCAAACGAGUAUCCGUGUCUGAAAAUGGCAAAAAUGUGGAUGCGGGAUCAGUAUUGGUCUAUAUGGUAGAAUAAACCAAUGAUUUGUCAAAUCAUUGCAGUUAAAACUGCAUUAGAGUCUUUUAAAUACAUGUAUUUGAAAUCAGCCUUUAAUCUUUUAAUUUUACUGAUAUUACAGGGAUAAUGUAUGCACUUUUCCUUCCUUAAAACCCACAAAUGUAUGCUUCCUGUGAUACUCGGUUGUCUCUUCCUGUGCUGUGUAUCUAAGGCAUGGACACCCAGUUUUCUUCCAACUUUGGAUAUUUAAAGGAUAUUUAUAAGAAAUUUUCUGAGGAACACAUUUGUGAUGCGAUCAAGCUACAUGAGUCGUUUGUCGACCCUGGUCAAAUUGUUUUUAUUACAG